UUCUAACCAUGCCCAUGCCAUUUAUUUAUUACAAGGUUUGGAAUCAGGUUUUCAACUGGAAUAUAGUGGGGCACGCCUAAGUCGUUGGUCUGAGAAUCUACGCUCAGCCAGGGAUCCCAUUUUACAAGAGAUAGUAGCUGCCAAAUUGAAAAAGGAAGUAAAAUUAGGUAGGGUGGCAGGUCCUUUUGAAACGCCGCCCCUGCUGAACCUACAAGUUUCACCAAUCGGUCUCGUACCCAAAAAGCAAACGGGUAAGAGUCAAACCUUGCUGGGGACAGACGAUUUUCGUUUAAUACACCACCUUUCUUAUCCUCAAGGCAGAUCAAUCAACGACAACAUAGACAGUGAAGCAUGCUCCGUGUCAUAUGCACGGUUCGACGAGGCUGUCAGUAUGGUACAGCAACUUGGUCCAAAUGCUCUACUUGCAAAAUUUGAUGUGAAAUCGGCUUUCAGGAUUAUGCCGGUACACCCUCAGGACUUUGAGUUGCUAGGCUUGUGCUUUCAAGGUAAAUACUACUUUGAUAAAUGCUUGCCGUUUGGCUGUUCCAUAUCAUGCUCAGUGUUUGAAAAAUUCAGCACCUUUUUGCAAUGGUGUGUCCAGCAAAAGUUGCCUAACGGCCAACUCAUGCAUUACCUUGAUGAUUUUCUCACAGGCGGAACUGCAGGAACGAAAGACUGUGGUGACAACCUUGAUACAUGUCUCAGUACUUUCCAGGAGCUGGGCGCACCCGUAGCACAUGAGAAGACAGUAGGUCCUGCAUCCUGCUUAACAUUCCUAGGUCUUGAAAUCGACACAGUCAGGAUGCAGGUUAGAAUACCACAGGAAAAGAUUGUAAAUAUCAACGCAAUCAUACACGAUAUGCUGGCCUCAGUGGGAACGAUUCCGCAAUGCAGCUCCAUCAGCCAAUCUGCAUCCCACACCACUUCCAGACAAUCUCUGGCAGGGCUAACAAUCGAGGCAGAGAGGCUCCUUCAGCGAUCAUUGGCGGCAAACACGUGGGCAACUUACCAGGCAGGAACCCAAGCGUUGCAAGCAUUCAGGGCAUCACAAAACCUGGGAGAUGUCUGGCCGGUUCCAAUAACUCAUCUGGUACAUUUCAUUGCUCACCUGUCAGUGUCAGGACAUGCACCGAGUACGGUAAGAACGUAUAUGGCCGGUAUCUCAACGUACCAUAGGCUACACAGCAUGGAAGACCGCACCGGCCACUUUGUUAUUACUAAAAUGAUUAUGGGGAUGCAAAAGUGUCAGGGGAGGCAGGAUCACAGAAAACCAAUAACAAUAAACCUGCUCAAAGUAAUUGUAAACAACCUGCAAUUUGUCUGCUCUUCUACCUAUGAAGUAAGAUUGUUCAAAGCAGUAUAUUGCUUGGCCUUCUUUGGUUUCUUUCGGGUGAGUGAACUCGUGCAAACCAAACUUUCUCAGCCAGGGUGCGCUUUCUUGGACCUAGAAGUCCAAGACACGACUAAGACAGUAACAGUCGCUCUAAGGCAUUCAAAAACGGACAGGCACUCACAUGGCAUAGUUGUUUCCAUUUCCGCCAUACCUGGCCACAAUCUGUGUCCAGUGGCUGCAGUUAAAGCAUACCUAACAGUUCGAUCACAGGGUCAGACUCAAGCUUUCGUACACUUUGAUAAAUCUCCCCUGACCAGGUAUCAAUUUCAGGCCGUGUUAAAAAGAGCACUGGCGCAUAGCGGCAUCUGCACAGCAGCAUACUCUUCGCAUUCCUUCAGGAUUGGCGCAGCAACGACAGCAGCCGGUAACGGAGUGAGUUCAGAUUUGAUACAGCACUUUGGUAGGUGGGGGUCAGAAUGUUAUAAAAGCUAUAUACGCAUACCUGCAAACAUUUAAAUCGCCAACCAUGCAAGAACAGUUUUCUUCCUAUUGAUUCAUGUUUUCAGUAUGGUUGAUUGGGUCCAGCUUCCUGACCCGGGCGAGAGAGCACCUACAGGACAGUGACUUCGGUAUUCCAGGGGGAUGUCUCUGGUUGGCAUGAGGUGGGAGGAGCUGACCGAGCUGAUAGAUGCCCAGGUCAAAGCAAUGCAGACACCACCAAAGGCGGUGGUGAUUCACCUUGGUUCGAACGACCUGGGUAAGGUAACCACGUGUCAGCUAUAUCAUGAGAUCAAGCUGGCACUCCUGAGGAUACACCUCCUCCUACCUGGUGCUGUCAUUCUGUGGUCAGACAUGCUGCCACGGAGGUACUGGCAUGUAGCCAGCCGUGCCCGGGACCUGGACGGGGCCAGGCAGAAGCUGAACAGACGAGUGGGGAACAGGGCCCGUGAGCUUGGGGGGAUACGGGUUCCCCACACAGUGUUCAACCGGCAGGAGCAGCAACUGUACCUGCGGGACGGGGUUCAUUUGUCACCGGCCGGACUUGAUCUUUUCACACAAAACAUUGGCAGCUCCCUUUCCGCAGUAUGCUUGUAGGAAACAAUUUCAGUAUAGGAUAACAUGGUGGGUGUACAUGAGCGCGAAUGGUCGUGGUUGUGGGGAAGCACCUUGGUGCUUGUGGCGGGGUGCUGGUGGACUGCAUUACAAGUUACAUUUGGCGUCUUGGGAUACAUCCCAAAUUAUAAAUUAUUUAGGAUAGGGUUACCCGCUUUACAGCAGGAACCAAUUUAUCCAUUCUGCUUUACAGCAGAUGGCUUAGUGUCCGCUUUACAGCGGAUGGUCAGCUUGGCAACAAUAGUUGCCCUCGCUCAUGGUUUGGCAAUGGUACUUGCCUGGCAGCGAUAGCUGCAUAGCAACAUGGGUUGCUUGGCAACGGUAGUUGCAGGGCAGCGGGCGCUGCAUUGGUAAGCAACAUGGGUUGCUUGGCAACGGUAGUUGCAGGGCAGCAGGCGCUGCAUUGGUAAGCAACAUGGGUUGCUUGGCAACGGUAGUUGCGGGGCAGCGGAUGCUGCAUCGGUAAGCAACAUGGGUUGCUUGGCAACUGUUGUUGCAGGGCAGCGGUUGCUGCAGUUGGGGUUGCUUAACAGGGGUUAAGCUCAUUGCCGUAGUCCACCAGUACCUCCACAUCCGCGACCAUUUCAUCCAA